CCGAGAGCCAACUCUAUUAUUAGAAGUCUCCUACAUGGACCCUUGCACUAAGUUACCCCUUUAAUAAAACACACACAAAACCUGAAUAUGCAAAAACUUGUUAUAUAUAUAUAUACACACACAUAGCCACAAAGUACAAAUAGUUCCCUUAGUAGAAGAAGAAAAAAAGGCAAGGGAGUUCAAAAAGACUUUUAGUAAAAUGGGAAGUCUUCAAACAAAAAAUCAUAAAAGCAAUCCAAAUGCCAAAAUUAUUGAAGGGUUGAAGUAUAAAGUAAGGCUACUUCAAAAAGAGGUAAGUGAAAUAAUGCGUAUAAGGGGAAAUGAGAGUGAAAUUUAUAAUCAAGAAAUGAUUAUUUUUGCAUUAAAAGAAGAAGAAUGGAAGCAAGAAAAGAAGAAACUUAAUGAAGAAGUGAAUGAUUUAAAGAAGAAAUUGAAAAAUUAUAAAGAAGAUGAAGAGAAGUUUAGAGGAAUGGAAAAUCAUGAAAUGGUAAGUGAAAAAUGUGAUAAUAAAGAGUUUCAUAUGUUGGUGAGAAAUUCAUUGUUGGAGCAAAUUAGAGUAGAGGAAGUUAGAAGAGAUGAAGCUAUUGAGAAGUGGAAAAAUCUCUAUUUUGUUAUUAAAUAUGAGCUUGAUGAACUUAUUCAAAGGACAAAUCCAGGAGAAAGACUCCGCUGGAGAACAGAGGAAGUGGAAUUAUUAGAGGAGCUACAUAUGGAGUUGAAAGCAAAAGAAGAAGUCAUUGCAUAUUUAAAAGAUAAAAUUGCUUCAAUGGAGAAACAAGAAGUCAAGAGGGAUAGGGAGAUUGAUAUUUUGAGGCAAAGUUUGAAAAUUAUGAGUUACAACAAAAAAGUUUCAAGCCUAUCUAAAGUUUUUCACAAAAACUAGAAUUUCUACAAUGUUUACAUGAGGUAGACUGUCUAUAUCACACUCAAUCUUGUGUGAACGCGAAAUACUUUGUGCACCGAACCAUCUGUUUCCAUUUCUACAAUGCAUUGCAAGUAAA